AUGUGGAGGAAAUCCGGGCCCCGCAGUGUUUCCACCAGGGGUGGUCGUACAACUACCCAAGCUGGUGGUGGUGCGAAAGAGCACGUGCUGCGGCGUACGGAAGCUGACGAAGGAAUCGACGCUCCGUUUUAUUUUCUGGACCCUACUAAAAGGGAACAAUGGGCGAAUUCUCUUUCUCUCACGAGGGGCGUUUAUUUCGAGUGCUUGAUUACGAGGGAGGCUCUGGAAAAGCAGCAUGUCGCCAUGCGAAAGGCAGUGGAAGAGGCCAAGAAGAAAGAGGGCCUGAAGAAGGAGGUGAAGGAGUUGGACAAGCUGUCGUUCAAGGCGGAGAAGGAUCGAGUCAGAGUAGUGCAAGCAGCGCUGGACAAGUGUGCCGAAGUUGAGGAGGAAUGUCGAAAGAAGCACGAAACUGUCGAGAAUCUCAAGUCGAACAUUGGGGAGCUGAAAGCGACCAAGUCUGGGCUGGAGAAGGACAUUCGGGAAAUCUGUGGUGAAAAGGAAGAUCUCAUCAAGUUGAUGGACUCGUUGCAACGAGAUCGGGAUCGACUGAUGGAAAAGAUCAAUCGACUCACUGAAAAUGUUCCGGACUUGGCGAGGAAAUCGGACAACCAUCCUUAUGAUAGAUCGCAUGUACCAUUGAGCCCUAAUAUUGAUGGGUUUCCUGUACGGGAUUUUGAUGCAGAGCGAGAUUUGCUGUCGGAGUUGAAUCGAUUAACGAGUCGGAGUCAAGAUCUCUCGUCGACCCGCAAGGGAUACAUGUUCGAGACGGCCUCAACCUGCGGUUCCGAAGACGACAGAAAAUACCUCACGGACAUCUCCAAGUCGCUGUCUUCCUUGAAAACAAAGACCGGACGCUUUGAAACCGGCGAAUCAGUGUCAAGACUCAAACGCGAGGUCACGAGUUUGAGGUACGAAAACACGCAACUGCAAGCGGAACGAGACCGUUUGCGACGAAUGCUUGGGCUUCCAGGAGCUGGGUCACCCGUCAACGGUGUUGUUCCUCUGAGUGAGGCAAAAACCAAGGAUAGAUACUCGCCGGUGGAGCAAGAGACCCGACCCAACGUGAUGCGCUCUACGACAAAGCACCCGUUCAGUGGGUUCACUGUGACGACCAACAUUGAGACGACGACGAUUCCGCGUGACACGCCAGCCGUUCGGACGCAGGCGGUCGGGGGCGAGCAGACGAUUGUCACAGGUGGAUCAAGUUCUGCCACGAAACCGUCGGUACUUGAAAGUACCGAACGAUUAGCUAAUGCUGCCGAACCAUCUGCUCUCGUUUCCCCUCCUCGUGCUUCCCCUAAUGCAACUGCUGACUCUGGCUUUGACUAUCGAUGUAGCGCUUCCAGUGACCAUCGGAUAACAGAUUCACAGGAAAAUAUGCGAGGGGAAAUGAAGGGGAGCGAAAGGAACUUCGAGUCGCACACUGGCAGGAGUUAUGCAGGCGUGCCGAGCAAGAACGUUGCCUGGUGUGACGAAAUUAUUCCUACCUCUGGUCGUUUUCGAGCCGACUUGGACGAUGCCAAAGCCAUGAUCGAUGCCUUGAAGGAAGAGUUGAAUGCGUGCCAAAGAGAACGUGACUCUCUACGACAAGAGAAAUUUGAUAUGAAGUUUUUGAAUGACACUUUACUUUCUGACCUCGAGCGACAAAAGAAAGCCAACGAGAGGCUGGAGGAGGACAACCGAAUUCAAUACAAAAUUGCGACCGAAAGCGGUCCGCCUUCCAUUGCCACACAAGCGAUGAUCAAGCGUCUGGAGCGUGAAAAGCAAAAUUUGCAAACCGAAGUGACUGCUUUGAAAUUGGACCGAGACCGAUUGCGCGACCGUCUCAAGGUUGCCUCUGAUGCUGCCAGGACAGAAAGGAUGCAGUCGCAGAACCAGACGGAGGCCUUGAAGCUGAAAAUUGCUUCCCUCGAACGAAAUCACGGAGAGAUUUUAUCUCGAGAAGCUUCGCAGAAAUCCAUGACAAACAACUUCCGCGAUCAGGUCAUGUCCCUGCAGCGGGAACUGACCAUCACUCGCACGGAGCUGAGUCAGCAGCGAGCAGCUGCAAACCAGUUGAAAUUAUUAUGCGAGGAGAAGGAACGCCGCGUGGAGAAAUUAGAAGUCGAAGGCGUUGGUUUGCAUCGGCAACUGGCUUCUGCCGAGAAGAAGCUCGAGACUUGCUGCAAGGAGAACGGAGCGCUGAAGGCGGAGAUGCAGACCUUGCAGGGACAGCUGGCCCGCACCCGGUCUUUCGUCGACACAGUGAGCAAGGAGAAGGACUCUCUGUCGAAUCAGCUGGACGAUCGUGACGUGGCCAUUGACAAGGAACGCAGUGAACGAGCCAAGCUCAUGGACGAGAUCCGCAAACUUCAGUCGACCCUGUCCAGCACGCAGUCGACGCUGGAUAAAACGUUGGCGGAAUGCGAUUCGAGGGAAGUGGAGCUGAACAGCGUGAGGAGACACAUGCAACAACUCACCAAAGAGCUGGAGGCAGCCAACAUGUCCCGACAAGGCGCCUUUCAAGAAGGCAAGCGGUUGCAGGGCGACCUCACGACCGCCAUCACAGACAUCCGUUCGAUCAAGCAAGAACUUGACAAGUGCAAAGCGGAGAACGAGGACUUGCGCAGUCAGAUCCAAGACUACGUGAACGAGGUGAAGCGAUUCGAGGAGGUCCUGGCAAUGAAGGAGGACGAGCGGAAUGGUCUGCUGGAGCAGUACAAGAACCUCACAGUAGAGGCCAGCAGUUUGGAGGUGGAGAAGAGUCGGUUGGAGUCGACGUCGAAGAACCUGAAAAUACUGCUGGUGGCGAAGGAGACGGAGUUGGACUCUACCAAGGGCACGAUGGACGCCUUGGACCGGGAGUUGAGAGACCAACGUGCGAGCAAACUGGGUGCCAAUGUUCAGUUGGCGGAUUGCAAGUCGAAAUUGGAGCAAGCUGAGCGCGAACUCAAGCAGAUGUCUGCGGAAAAGGCGUCGACUGAAGGUGAUCUGAAUGCCGUUCGAGAACUCUGCACGCAACUUGACUUGGCAAAAGAACAGCUGACCGUGCAGCUGAGUUCAGUCGAGAAAGAAAAGCUGAGGCUUUUGGCGAGAGUUUCUGACCUGGAAGCAACUGUGGACCAAACCAGAAACGAAGCUCAAAAUCGGAGGAAAGAGGUUGAGUAUCUCGAGCAGCAGUUGGGGGUUCGACGGGACACUGAGCUCGUGUCUCAUCGGCAGCAUCGGGACUUGAAAGACGAAUUGGAGUCGUUGCAAACAGAGCUGGCUGCCAUGAAGACGAAGCUGGAGAUGAAAGCUGCAGACGUGGACCAUUACCGGAAAGAAUCGCACGACCUGCAAGUGGAAGUGGAGCAGAUGCGACUGGAGCUGACUCGGGCUCGUGGAGAAAAGCGGGAACUGUGCGACGAGCUGGAGCGAGUGCGGCGGCGGAUGGGGACGCCGUUUCUGUCGACCGCCACUCCGAUGGACCUCAGCCCUUCCAAGAGGACUACAGUACUGGAAGAGAAAAAUGGCCUGUGGACUCCCCAGUUCAUGAACCUGAGCAGUACCUAUUGA